AAGUUCAUGCUAGUAUCUCUCUUAAAGCAAUCAAGAAACAUCCAUCUAGAUGACAUCUCUCAAGCUCAAGGAAAACCUUGGAGAUCAACGUAGCUUCGGUCGAGGGUUCAAAAUUUAUACCCAGAAUGAAAAGACCAAAAAUGAAGCAUCUGCCAUGACGAAAUCAAUUGCGGGUAGCAAAGAAGCCGUUCUAACUGCUGCAAAGGAUUCAAAGGGGUCUUUGAAGAAUAUGACCAAGAUCAAAGGCAAACGCGAUAGUUCUGAAAAUAAAGUUGUUCAAAGAAAAGCGCUGUCAGAUCUUAGCAAUCUUACUUCUUUCGUUUCUUCCACGAAAGUUUAUGAUGGCUCGAAAUCAACGAAGAAUCAGAGAAGUGCCUUGAUGGAGCGGGUUUCAGUGGCUUCGGUUGCUAAAACUGUUAAUGUCUCAUCCAGGAGAUCAUUCAAGGGAAAAGAGGGAGACCAUCUAAAUCGAGGUGCUAUUGGUGUUCAUACUUCAAAGACAGGAAAUACUAGAGAUCUGAAGACUUCCUUGAGUGUCCAAAGUGUUACAACCCAGAAUUCACAACGUAAAUCUAUUGUUACUAGCAGCAGGACAACCAGGAAUCCACUUCCACCCACAAGGAAGUCUUUACCGGUUUUGAAGAAGGGAAAAGCUACAGAAGCUAGCAAGACUACGAGUAAGGCUAAAGUUUGUGAGUCUGCUUCAAAUCAAGCAAGCAAUGCAAGGAGCCAUCUUUCAAGGAAUAGAGAGAGUGAUAGGUUUGUGAUAACGGCUACUAAAAGUCGAUCAAAUUCUGCUGCUCAUAACUUGCCAAGAUCUUUCAAGCCAUUUGUUAAGACUGCACUCAGGCCUUCUAAUGCUCAAAGAGCAUCAAAACCAAAGUGUUCUUCAGGUUUGGAAAAAGCAGUGUCUGUUGCUGCAAUCACAUCCAAGAAAGACAUAGGAUGUCCUCUUCUAGAAAAUAAUGUAGCAACAAUUUCUGGCGAAGCUAGCCAAAAGGAUCUUACUUCUAAUGGCAAUAGUGAUGCUAGCAUCAACAUGCCUGAUGUCCUUUCUAGGAAGAAAGCCAAGCGUAGGAGAUCUUAUACAUCCAUACUCAUGGCAGGAUCACAGCUAUUGGAGGGUAACAGUGGUGUCAAAGAAGAAGAAAAACUACCUGGCAUUGAUAAUGAUGACAAUCCGUUGGAAGUUGCUCCAUAUGUUGAUGAAAUUUAUCAGUACUAUUGGAUAAGUGAGAAAAUGAAUCCAUCUCUGGAAAAUUACAUGUCAACGCAAACUGAUAUUACUCCCCGUACGAGAGGCAUAUUGAUCAACUGGCUGAUCGAGGUGCACCUCAAAUUUGAUUUAAUGCAAGAAACACUUUAUCUCAUGGUCAAUUUGUUGGAUCAAUAUCUCUCAGAGGUCCAAAUAAAAAAGAAUGAGAUGCAGCUGGUUGGUCUUACUACCCUUUUGCUGGCAUCGAAAUAUGAGGAUUUUUGGCAUCCUAGGGUGAAAGAUUUAAUCAGUAUAUCUGCUGAGGCUUACACUAGUGAACAAAUGCUCAAUAUGGAGAAGUUAGUCCUUAAAACCUUGAAGUUUCGCCUAAAUGUGCCUACUCCCUAUGUCUUCAUGUUGAGGUUUAUCAAGGCUGCUCAAUCAGACACCAAGUUGGAGCAUCUAGCCUUCUACCUCAUAGAUCUGUGCUUGGUUGAAUAUGAAGCUUUGAAGUUCAAGCCCUCUUUGCUAUGUGCAUCAGCUAUCUAUGUUGCUCGGUGUACCUUGCAAAUGUCUCCAUCUUGGACCCCGUUGCUUUGCCGACACACACGCUAUGAUGUCUCAGAAAUCAGGGACUGCGCGGAAAUGAUUUUAAGAUUCCAACGAGCCGCCAAUUCGGGGCAAUUGAGGGUCACGUUCGAAAAGUACACGAGUAAGGACCUCAGUGGAGUUGCGGCGAUCGCGCCCUUGGAUAGACUUCCUUGAACUUUAUGAUCUUGAUGAUGAUUUCAGAAUGUUAAUAAAUAUAACUGUAAUGUCACAUGUAACAGAGGAAAUGGCGUGGAAGUUUUCAUGUUGACUAGAGUUGUGGUGUUGUAGGUAUAUGCAUUUUGAUUGUAUUGAGGUUUUGUUGAGUUUUAAGAGUGAGAUUGAUGACAGACAAUGAUGUUAUGAUGAUAUACGUUCAUACUUAAUCU